AUGCCCCCUCGACCACGGCCUCCGUUCCCCCUCGACCUUGACCUCCAUUCCUCCUCGACCUCGGUUUCCGCUUCACCUCGUCCUCGACCUCCGUUCCCCUCGACCUCAACCUCCGUGCCCCCUCGACCACGGCCUCCGUCCCCCCUCGACCUUGACCUCCAUUCCUCCUCGACCUCGGUUUCUACUCCACCUCGUCCUCGACCUCCGUUCCCUCUCGAUCUCAACCUCCGUUCCACUCGACCUCGACUUCCGGAAAAAUCCAUUUCGGUAAUUGCCGUUCAGAGCGAAUCGAAAACAAGGUGGGCGGCCCACGCUUAUAUAAUGGCCAUCCGCGCGUCUCUUAGGUCAUAUCAUAAAGGCGUUCGUGGAAGGAAGGACGCUUGCACGAACGCUGUCCGGAUUCACGGAUCUCAGUUGCGGGAGAAAACAUAA